UCCAUUGCACUUGCAUUGCAUCCAAGACAGAAAUUAAACACUGUGAUUAGCUGAGUUGCAGGAAAUUGAAGGAAUGGCGGCUGAAGCUGUGCUUACUUUUGCUACCGAGGGAAUACUGAAGAAGGUGCUUUCACUUGCUGCUCAACAAUUCAGUCUUGCAUGGGGUUUCAAAGCUGAGCUCGGAAAGCUUCAAGAGUCAUUCACAAACAUUGAACUUUUGUUGAAUGAUGUUGCCGACAAACCACAAGGUGGGCCAAUAGAGGCAUGGGUGAAGAAACUCAAAGACGUAGCUCAUGAUGCUGAGGAUGUCUUGGAUGAACUCGAGUACGAAGGUUAUCGGCGUAAAGUCGAAAUCCAAAACCAUAUGAAGAAAAAGGUUCUUAACUUCUUUUCAGUCUCCAAUCCACUUGUAUUUCGUCUUCAAAUGGCGCAUAAAAUUCAGAACAUCAAUGCAUCCUUGGUGGAUCUCGAGAGGAAAGCUUCUCUUAUUGGACUAGCUUCCAAGAAUAAAGUUGCAACCACUCAGGGGAUUAGAUGGGACAGACAAACCAACGCAUUCAUUGGCAAAGACGAAAUAACUGUUGGAAGGAAAGAUGAUGUGUCAAAAAUAGUCACAACCUUGACCAACUCCAAAUACGAUCAAGAAAAUCUUGCGGUUAUGGCCAUCGUGGGAAUGGGAGGCCUCGGAAAAACAACAUUGGCCAAGGAAGUUUACAAUGAGGAUUCGAUACACAAGUUUUUUGAAAAAAAGAUUUGGAUUUGUGUAUCCGACACUUUUGACGUCAAUUUCAUCCUACAGCAAAUGUUAGAACAAUUCUGCUUUUGUCUCUUAACGAAGAGUUGAAAGAUAAAAAAUACUUACUCGUACUUGAUGACGUUUGGAACGAAGAUUCCAAAUUAUGGGAGAGUUUCAUGGAAUGUUUGUCAAAGCUUAGUUCUGCUAAAGGAUCCAAAAUUAUGGUCACCACUCGCAAAGAGAAAGUUGCAUUAACCUCAGAAAGGCUACUUCCACGACAUGUAUUGGGAAAACUUUCAGGGGAUGAAUGUUGGUCCAUCAUGAAAAAUAGAGCUUUCACCAAUGGCAGUGAUCCUGAGUUUGAUACAAUUGGAAGGGAGAUUGCUGAAAAUUGCGGUGGUGUUCCGUUGGUGGCAAAGGUUUUGGGAGGCAUUUUGCACACUAAAAAAAGUGUUGAAGAAUGGUCAUCGUUUAAAAACAGUAAAAUAUGGGACAACCUAUUAAAAGAAGAAGAUAGAAUUAUGCCAGUCCUGAGGUUGAGUUUUGACAAUUUAGAAUCACCAUCAUUGAAGCAAUGUUUUGCAUAUUGCUCAAUGUUUGAGAAAGAUGUUGAAAUUCAAAGAGACAACCUGAUUCAACUUUGGAUGGCUCAAGGACUAUUCCGCGCUUCGCAUGACGAAAGUAAAGAUAUGGAGGACAUAGGCAAUGAAUAUUUUGAUAUUCUAUUGCAAAGCUCCUUAUUUCAAGAUGCUACGAUGAGUGACGAUGGCAUUGUUAGCAAAUGCAAGAUGCAUGAUCUUGUGCAUGAUCUUGCAGAACAUGUAUCCAAAUCCAAAAGCUUGACGAGAGAUUUAGGUGGCAUAGAUAAUACAUUAGAGAUUCGACAUGCUGCUCGGGUUUCUACUUUUGAUUUGGGACAAAUUCCAAAAAGAAGUGCUGGGAAAUUGCGGUCACUGUUUUUCGACUACGAUGAAGUUCCUAUUAACAUUCUUCCACGAUUCAAAGCUUUACGCUUCUUAGAUUUAAGGAAUGCUUAUAUUGAAGAAUUUCCAGUUUCAGUCGGUAGGCUGAAACACUUAAGGUAUCUUGACAUUUCCAAUAAAACCUUCAAAGCACUCCCCAAAUCUAUAGGCAAGCUCUAUAACCUUCAGACAUUAAGAGCAACAAAUUGUGCCUUUAAGGAGUAUCCAAAAGAACUGCAAAACUUGAUCAACCUGAGACAUAUUUAUUUUGAUGAGGAUAUCAAAUUCCCAAAGGGGAUAAGCCGGUUGAAUUGCCUUCGAACAUUACCUUACUUUUCGGUGGGUAAUGAGAUUGGUCAUCAGAUUGAAGAGUUGGCUGGCUUGAAACAAUUGAAGGGUCAAUUAAUUGUUCGUAAUCUGGAGCAUGUAAAGAAUGGAGAAGAAGCAAAGAAAGCUAAAUUAGAGGAUAAGACGAAAGUAUGUCAUUUGGAAUUCAAAUGGACAGCAGAUAGGUUAACAACUGAUAACAAUGAGGAGGAGGAUGUCCUAGAAGGCCUCCGACCAUAUCUUGAGUUGAAGAGCUUAAGUAUUGAAAACUUCAUGGGCGUUAAGUUUCCAUCGUGGAUGAUGAGUGGGUCAUUACCGCUCAACAACUUGAAGAAGAUUCAAUUACUUGGAUGCUGCAAAUGUGAAGUAGUCCCACCGCUCGGUCAUCUACCCAAUCUUACAGAGCUUGAGAUUAGAGGAAUGGCUAACUUAAAAUGUAUUGGAGCAGAGUUCUACGGUUAUGGUCUUGUCUACAAUGUAGCCACAACAAGUAAGGAAACAAUUACUUUAUUUCCAGCGUUAAAAGUAUUACAUAUUUUUGAUUGUGGUGAUCUAAUUGAAUGGAAAGAAGCACCGCUAAGUAAUUUGCCAAAUAGGCCAGACACUCUCCCUCUCCUUGAGGAACUGACUAUUGAGAGAUGUCCUAGUCUAGAGUUGAUCCCAAUUACACAGGGCAUGGCAUCUCUACGAGAAUUAAAAAUUGAAUAUUGUGGACGAUUGUCACGCCUACCAAGUGGGUUAAAGAGCUGCACCUCUCUCCAGAAAUUGAAUAUACAUAAUUGUCAUGGAUUAUCAGGCUCAUUCCCAUGUUUGUGGGCCUCUAUCCUGAAAUUGAGUAUACAGAGUUGCAAUGGAUUAUCAGGCCCAUUGAGUGUAUGGGCUUCUCUCUUGGAAUUGAGUAUUGGGAGCUGCAAUAAUCUGACAUCAAUUGAAAGGCAGCGUGUCCCUCACUGCCUCUCUUCAGAAAUUGACAAUCUGGAAUUGCAGUGAAUUAGCAAGCUUACCUGCUCUUCCACAACAGUGUCCCUCUCUUUAGGAAUUGGACAUAUGGGAAUGCCCAAAGCUAUCAUGGUUUGGUGUCAAAAGUGGGAGAGUUGAGGAGGAGGAUUGCAAUAGUCUUGGACAACUGUGGAUAUGGAGUUGCCCAAAGAUAGCGUCCUUUUGUGCCCAAAGUAGCAGAAUUGACGAGGAGGAGUGCAUUAGUCUACAAUCUACUUCAGACUUGCGCACCAUGACCUCCCUUCGAGAUCUGAGGAUUUACAAUUGUGAAAGAUUAGAAAGUUGGGUGAGCAGCCUACAAUUCCCACUCUCUCUUGAGGAUCUGUCAAUACGUGGUAUGCCUAAUUUACACAUUCUUCCAAGUUUAGACCACCUCCAUUCUCUCCGUCAUUUGAGGAUCGGUGGGUUCUGGGAGGAGCUCGAUUCCUUCCCUGAUUUUGAAGUUGGAUCAUUAAUGCAUCUUACAAGCUUAAGGUUGUAUGGUUGGCCUAAGCUCAAGUCUCUGCCUCAACAAAUUCAACACCUCACUUCUCUAACAGAAUUGUGGAUAUCUUCAUUUGAGGGAGUGGAGACUUUGCCAGAAUGGUUGGGUAGCCUUACAUCCCUUACAUGGCUGCAGAUUCGAGAUUGCAAGAAUCUGAUGAAUUUACCAAGUGUCCAAGCUAUGCAACGCCUCACCAAAUUAGAAACCUUGCGGAUUUUUAAUUGUCAUCCCCUUUUAGAGGAAAGAUGCAGCAGGGACAGCGGCACAGAUUGGCCUAAGAUUUCUCACAUUCCACAUAUCAGAAUAUACUUGGAUUGAAACUACGCAACUGGAACGAUGUAGUGCAGUAGGUGCAAGCAGAGUCCAGGUUGCUUAUUCCAUUGGCUCCUGCACAAUGAGGAAAUUUGUUUAUAUUAUCCCGAGACUUGUUUUCAGGUUAACGAUGUUAAUAUAAUACAUAGAACUCCUGUAAUUGCUUUCUUGUGAAGAUUUUAGACUCAUAGUUUCGGGGCUACUUGUAAUAUGCGCAGUGAUUUGAAUACUAUUGAUUUUGCGUCA